AACCAAAGCAACCCUGUGCAAUAUGCUUCAGUAACGUAAAAUUGCCUGUGGUUGGUUGUGCUUCAAUAAGAAAAUUUUCGUCGUAUCUGCCGCAAUUGCAAUUGUACCGAGACCAAAACAAAUAACGUUUUUGCGUUGCUGCCAAAGUAAAAGUGAAAAUAUAUAUCCAACAAUUUUCUGUUGCAAAACGUCAUAUUCUUAGAAGCCAUUCAUAGUUUUUAAAAAUUCCAUCAAUAAUUGGAAAAGCGAAAACUGUUUUGAAAUAUUUGAGAACGUCUCAUUAUCUGGAAUUCAAUAAACGUUACUAGUAAUGUCGUGGCAGGCUGGCCCAACGUAUCAAGAUCCUAACCAGCAAUAUUAUGGCGGUUAUCCACCACAAGGCGGCUACCCCCCACAAGGCGGCUACCCUCCACAAGGGGGCGGUUAUCCACCACAGGGUGGUUACCCACCCGCAGGAGGAUAUCCACCAACGGGAGGUUAUCCACCAGCAGGAGGAUACCCACCUGGUGGUUACGCACCACAACCCGGCUUUGUCGUGCCACCUCCAGCGGGCGGUGGCUAUGGCGCCUACGAUGAUCCCGAAGGUCAACCAAAGAAUUUCUCUUUCGACGAUAUGAGCAUACGCAAAGGAUUUAUUCGCAAAGUCUACAUGAUACUUAUGGGUCAAUUGGUUGUAACUUUUGGUUUUGUAGCUCUAUUUGUAUUCCAUGAACCCACCAAACAAUUUGCAUACAGAAAUCCAGCUAUCUUCUGGGUAGCGUUGGUCGUAUUGCUUGUAACAAUGAUCUGCAUGGCUUGUUGCGAGAGUGUACGUCGUCAAACUCCAAUGAACUUCAUUUUCCUCGGUUUGUUCACACUGGCAGAAUCGUUUUUAAUGGGAGUUUCCGCAAGUCGCUAUGCACCCAAUGAAGUACUUCUAGCAGUCGGAAUUACAGCUCUCGUUUGUUUGGCUCUAACACUAUUUGCCACCCAAACCAAAUAUGACUUUACCAUGUGCGGAGGUGUUUUACUUGUGGCUAUGGUCAUAUUCCUUGUUUUCGGUAUUGCGGCCAUAUUCAUCAAAGGAAAAAUCAUUACAUUGGUUUAUGCAUCCAUCGGUGCACUUCUCUUCUCUAUUUACCUCAUUUACGACACUCAGCUUAUGAUGGGCGGCGAUCAUAAGUACUCGAUUAGUCCAGAGGAAUAUAUUUUUGCUGCUCUUAAUCUGUACUUGGACAUUGUAAACAUCUUCAUGUACAUUUUGACAAUAAUAGGCGCAUCCAGAGACUAGAAGUAAAUGUAUUUGAAGCUUAUAUUGCAAAGCCAGAUCAAUAGAUCUUAGAAAAUCAGUUGCAUAAUCGUUUUCAAUAUCUUUCCAUUUUCAAAAUUUUUUCUUAGCAUUAUACAUGUACACCUGGUUUUGAACUUAUUAAAUGUUUAUGUGUAUUUAUUUUUUUGAAUCUCAAAUCAAAUUAACUUUUUAAUUUAUACUGUGCUAGUACAAAACUUUUAUUAUCAGUAACCAUUAGUGCAUCGAAUCUUUAUUGUUCAACAUUUUUCUUAAAUUAAAGCACAGUUGUCAAUACGUGUGGUGAUUUUUCCAAAACAAUAUUUGAUAUUUACCGGUGAAAAGCAUUAAUCUCUUUUGAGAAAACCAGUAAACAAACCCAGACCAAAAAGUAAAAAAAAAAAAUAUUGGAACUGUUACAAUAAUAUAUGUAGGAAUUUAUGCUCAUACUUAAUGAAUAUUUGCUAAUCAACUAUUGUUUUGUUUAUUAAGGUACUUUUGAUUUUUAUUGUUUUAUUAUCUUGUUAGCUGUAGUACAUAUUAUUUAAUAAGAUGAACGAAUCUUUAAUAUUUUAGGCUUCAUACUUGCAAAAUACAAUAUUAUCAAAAGUAAGUAAUGAAACGAAACUAUUCGCUUAUUCCAAAAAAGGGAAAUUGUUAUUGUUACCAAAUCAUAGUCGCUAUAGAUUUCCCGCUGAACGGUUUUCAAGCACGAACGGCAAAUACAAAAAGUAUUUAUUUAACGAUUUAUUGAACUGUAUGUACUAAAAAGUCCUAUUGAACUAAUGAAAACCGUUGAAAUCAACAUAAACAUAUGUACAAUUUGUUGGUUAAUAACUGAAUUAAUGUAAUAAUAUAUAUAUAUAUAUAUAUGCAACUUCAAAAAAUAACUUACAAUAAAGUAUUUAUUCUAUAUAAAA